GAUAUGGGCCCCCAGGCAAACGAUUAUUUUCCAUGCUUGCUUUCUGACAUGUAGGGAAGCCAGAGAACAUCUAUGGAAACUCCAUCGUGAUUGGCAGUAGCAGGAAUGAGUGGAAAUGACAGCCGUUUGAGAGAUGCCGAACGUUUGAAGAAGUGUUCUUUUCUCUUCAUUACAGCAUGAACACAGCGAGCAACAUUACUCAUCGUUACUCGAGUUCCAUAUCUUCACGUGAUUAUGUGCAUUCUGUGGUGCGCGUCGACGCUGCUGGUGAGGACGCCAAGCUCACUCGGCUGACGUGCAUCUCAUUGAAUCGGGCAAACGGCGAGAUCUUGCGCGUAACGCUCCGCAGUGAAUGCUAAUAUUCAUCCUCGUGAAGCGUUUACGGAGUCGACCUCCAAAGAAGAAGGCGUGUUCUUAAUGGGGGCGCUCGUGCGCUCCAGUGAACUGUACUGCAGAUUUGAGCUGAACAAGUGGCGCCGCCUGCGACGCGGAGCGCAACAAGCCGGUCGUUUGCAUGGAACCUGGAAAGAACGGCGCAGAAACGCUGACGAAAAGGCGUCGAACUGUGCGCUGUUGCGUGCAUGGCUGCUACAACAGCCUUAGAAACACCGCCGGUAAGGUCCCGAAGAUACACUUUUAUGCAUUUCCAUGGCGGCUUUACGAGAAGGAGCGACGAGAGCGCUGGAUCCGCGCCGUCCGACAAGCGAACCCUCAAGGAGGCCUUUGGAAGCCCGUGCAGAGUAAAACCCGUAUAUGCAGUGCCCACUUCGUCGGCAACGAGAUAAGCACGGUAGCCAAAGAUCCUGCCUACAUUCCGACAAUUUUCCCUGCAUGCAAUGCGAAAAGCGAUCGCGUGACACCAUCAAGGAAGCUGGAAAGGUUUCGGCGAGUGAAACGGCGUGGGUCAGCAGCUGUGGGAGGGCCACCCAUCAACACCGUAACGUCUGGUAAAGUUUUGCCACAGGAAGAGUUGCGUUUUAAUAUCGCUGAGUGGCGCAUUGCUUGUGCAUCUGUGGUGACGCAAACAGAAGAAGACCAAGGCAGUGGUUGUUGUACCGUGUUCCUUUCUGCGUUGUCGGGGGGCUCAGCAUGUACACAAGUGUGCCAUUCAGACAACGUAGAUGCAUCUGUACAGGCAGUGCCAACCACUUACGACGACAAGCACCGGAGCAAAAGAGCGCAGUUGCACGUUUCUCGGUCACAACACUCUCACUGAGUGCUCCUCCUGUGGUUGUUUUAAUGGAUCCCAACAUUCUGAUGAACAAAAGCAUGAAAGCUUGUGUCUUCAUUUCUUGGCUA